UGCAGUUAGUAGGUUAUUACAGGCUGUUAGGAAGACUUUUAUUUUGACGGGUCGUUGCAGCAGCAGCUACCAAACCUGAUAAGAAACACUGGGUCAUCCGGAAAGGCUAUGGCUGAAGUGCAGAUUCGACGUUAUGAGGAUGACGAUGAUGAGGAUGUCAAGGACAUCUUCACUCUUGGGAUGAGCGAGCAUGUCCCGUCCUCCUGCCUGCAUGUAUUGAAGCAACCACCAACCCAGAUGCUGCUGGUGUGUGUGUUUUGUGCUCUGCUGGCCAGCUCUAAGUCCCUCCUCCUGCCCAUACUGGCAGUUACUCUUCUUCUGGCUGCAGGUCGGCAAGGAAUCAGCUAUAUGUUCACACAGUACAUCCAGACAUCCCUGCAUAGGGAUCUCAACCACAUUCGUCAGACCUAUCUGGAGAAACCUAAUUCCUGUUUCUGGGUGGCUGAGAGCCAGGGUCGGGUGGUGGGCACGGUGGCAUGCCUCCCGGCGGAAAUGAACGAGGGUUGUCUGGAGCUCAAGCGCAUGUCUGUCAAGCACUCCCACAGAGGCCAGGGCAUUGCCAAGGCACUGUGCCGUGCUGUGGAAGACUUUGCGCGAAAACAGGGCUUUCCUGCUGUGGUACUCUACACUUCGGUUGUCCAGACAGAUGCUCAGAAGCUGUAUGAACAUGUGGGUUACAAAAAGAUCAGGGAAUUUGUUGUUCCAGAGCUAACUGCCAAGAUCACCAACUUCACAUUGUUUGAAUACAGGCUCGACCUGCAGCAGUCAGGAAACUGAAAGCUUUCUAAAGGAGAUUUGCUUCGUCCUUUUUUUUUUUUUUUUUAAAUGUCAUGAAGGGGUUGGGAGCCUUAAUAAGUAAGGGCAUUGGUAAAGUUAACAAUUAUUGUUGUGGUUGUGUACCGGAAGCAUUUGGUUUUAAAGGUGAAAAAAGACCAAAAAUUGCAUUGUGUGUGUCCACAUUUCAGCUCUAAUGCCAAAUGGUACUGUAUAAAUAAUUAUAAGUAAUUAAUGAAUAAUUUCUUACCAACAUUUAAUUAUAAUUUUUUUAUGUACUAGCAGUAUAAUUUACGGUAAUGAUAUUUGUUUGUAUUACUUAUAUAUUCGUUGAUUGUUAAACCUGCAGCUAGAAGUUCUCUCCCCAGGGACUUGAAAGUCCUUACAAAGAGCAGUGUAGUCUUUGUCCUGUCACCUCCUACCCUGCACAUUUUAGAGGAUUCUUUGCUCUAACACACCCACUGCAUUUCAACCCACUGAAAUGGAUUGUUAAUGAUCUACUUACUUGAAUUCAGUAUGUUGGUGGAAGGGAAAUCAAUCAGUGUGUAGGAAGGGGGCACCAGGCCAAUGAUUGAGAAACACUGAUUUAGAAGAACCGGCUGAAGGCUUUGCAAGGUUCUGUGCAGUAUUGUACAGGGCAAGUUAUUGUCACAUACAGUGGCAUUUAUUGUCUCUCAUUUUACUGGUCUUUUUAAAGGUGCAAUAGAAUCUGUUAAUUUAAGUAGUUUAAGUUGUUACUUGGAAUAUAAAUUGUAGGGUGAAUUAAAUGUGAUUGGGACAAAUUAACUUCUUCACUAUUACAGAAAUGUAAUGUUUUAAUUCCAUCAAAUAACCCCAAUCACACUUAAUUCACUCUACAUGUGUGGCUUUUUUCUACCAUUGAAAAAAAGGUAUGUUUGUGACUGGUCUAACUCUGGGAAAAAAAAUUAUGAUUGGCAAAAAACAUCUGUCAUGGCUCACAGGAGCCACAUAACACAGCACAGCAUAGCUGCUUUUAGCGCUGUAACAUGAACAUUGUAAUUUUUUUUUAUGUACAUUUUUUUAUGUAACUAUUCCUAAACCAGAUUGGUUGGUUAUUGAUUGGUGGUUCACUAGGUGAAGACAAUGUAGCCAGUUAGCUAGGUUAUCUUUAGCCUAAUAUUCUAAUAUAUAUUUGGCUUACUCACAUGCUGCAGUUUACUCUAGUUUAAGGUAGUUCCCUUAAACUAGAAUAAUUAGAUGGUAUUAGGUGGUAUGUUUGUGGUUCACUUUAAUUCUCUGUGUUCAAGCAUGCCAAAAUAAAUACAUUUUUCCAUUCUAGAGCACCUUUAAAGUAAGAAAAUAUAACAAGUAGUGGCUUCACUUUGGCCCAUUAAAGCAGCCAAGUGAGGCUUGUUGCCUCAUUUGUGACACAUUACCAGUCAUUGAGCGAAAUUACUAUUUUGAACACAGUAGACCAUGCAGUCAAACCAUGUCAAUGGUGAAUGCCAGUAGUUAGAUUUUUUGUCAUUAUGAGCAUAUAGAAAUGACUGUACAGUUAAACCCAUCUGUAACAAAUAGGCAGGCCCUAUCAGUAAGAAAUCAAUAAAAAUAUUUAGCAAUUCUG